AGGAUCGACGCAAGCGUUUAUUGGACGUUCUGGACCGCUUUGUUAGCUGUUCAGAAUACAGGAAUUGACUCACUUUCCGCAGCGUCAAGAUCAGAAAGCAACCCAUCCGCUAGAUCUCGAUCUCAAACUCCGCAUCUCUUCACGUGCUUGUAUUGCGCAAAGGCAAUUAUAUAUUAGACUUCAAGAAAACGUGUUGAGAGGAUAGGGACUGACUCAUGUGGCAUCAUUAUAGACGUGAGAGUCAGGGAAUAUUCAAGUACGUGAUCGUGAUGUACUAUGUAGUACUAGUGGUCUGCAUUUUACCUCAGGCGCUCGGAUUUGCAGCUUCCUUCGACACAGACCUUUCGAUUCUGAUGCGAUGAGUGUAAGAUAAUAUACUUAAUAGGGAUUCUGAGUUGUCUAUCGUUGCAGUCGCGUGGCUUCGUCCUACCAUGUCUGCUGGUCUGGCCCACAUCCGCGCAACGCUAGAUGUUCGUCCCCCGUACUGCAGUGGAACUUGCGAAAUUGCCGUCAAGCAAUCUACGCUCUUUUACAGCACAGCAACGAGUGGUGCACGAAAAAUUGAUUUGCUGUUCCCUACGCAGGACCAGCUUGAGUCACUGCAUGAAGCUUGUCAAUUUGCAGCAUAUGGUCAUGACCCUGGAGAAGUUCCCAAGAAACUCAGGGUCGGCAGGUUAGACGCUGCCGCAUUUGCCACUCAAUUUAGCUUGGAAAACACUGGACUAGUUGAUGCUGUGGGCCAAUCGUUAUUGGAGGGCAUGACCGUUGGGAGGGACAUCAGAUUUGAAUUGUAUGAAUUGAAUAUACAUGGUGCGGGCAGUUUUGUCGGACCACACAAGAACGCCACGAACAGCGACAAGAUAUUCGGUUUCCUUGACGUCGUAUUCCCGGCUCCGCAUACCGGAGGGAUAUGCAGUCUACGCAACAACGAAAGAGUGUGGCGUGUUGACUUUGCAACGAUGCUGUCAGAAGCACAGAUCCCUCUUGUUGGUUAUGCAGCGUACUUCAAUGAGGUCGAACGUGAGAUUGGCUUAAUCGUAUCUGGUCACCGCCUGACGCUGAGUUACAAACUCUACUUCGCGCCUGGCGGGGGCAGUCCAUCAGCUACUAUCUCCGCACCUGGCCCUUUUGAACUGUCCUUGAAAACCGCCCUUGCUGAAUUCGUGGAUGAUCCCAAGGUUAUGCCUCACGGCGGUUAUCUCGGGUUCGGGCUUCGCCAUCAGUAUCCGGUAUCGCCAGAGAUGAGAGUGGACACACUUAGGUCAUGCUUAAAGGGAUCGGAUGCGAUCAUUGCGCGCGUCCUGAAUAGGCUUCCUCUGCCAUGGUCUCUUCGUGUUCUAUACAGAGACAGAGGACCUCAUUCGGAGCAGACCUUCGUGCUCCAUAAAUUCAUACCGGAUAUUCCCCAGCAAGACAUCGUGUGGAGUUACCCGGGCGCCGGUGAAAAAUUGGGUCCAGGAGCUGAAUUCGUUCGGUUUGUUGAUGAAUUUGGGAAUGACGACCAGAAGCGGGCUGCGGACUACUCCAAAUACUCGGAAGAUGUUGUCGACAUCAUCCAAGUGACAGAGGUGCCUUCCGUCACAAACGUGCAUUCUCACUAUCUUGCGUUCGGGAAGGGGGCAUUGAUGGGCAGCCUGUAUGGCGACAUUUGCCUAGUUGCGGAGGUCCCUGCGAAGAUCCUGUAUUAGUAUAAGAUCUAACUCAGUUCCGCUUUGAGUCUGAUGUGCGCAAAAGCAGCUUUCUCAUCACUGUCAAAGGGGGAACGUGCUUCCGAUCACUGACUCACUGAAGGGCGCGCUCCGAGCCUCCGGGUACUAGAAGCUUCUGAAGCUUCAAGUUCUUGCGCCCC